GUUCAUGGCCAGCGGCCCCAUGUGGGCUUAUAUCUUGGCUCAUGAAAAUGCUAUCCCCCUCUGGAGAUCCCUUAUGGGACCCACCAAAGUAUUCCGAGCCCGAAACAGUAUGCCAGACUCCAUCCGAGGAGCUUAUGGCCUUACUGACACCAGGAAUACCACGCAUGGCUCAGAUUCACCAGCAUCAGCCAGCAGAGAAAUUGCCUUCUUCUUCCCAGAGUUCAACGAACAGCUCUGGUACCAGCAGGAUGAGCCACGUCUGCGCUGUGGGCAGGUGUAUUACAACGCAAAGGAACGCGUCCACUGUGCGUUCAGGAACGAAGAAACAGAGUUGGCCUGAGUUACCUGGCAGUAUGGUUUGCUAACCAGCAUGUAGCCUAUCCGCGUGGUUUGGGUCAGCCCCGUGACAAGACAUAGAGCCAUGACAUGUUGUCAGGAGUGCAUGGGGAAAAGACCUAAUGCACAUUACACUGUGCUCUCUGGGAUUAUUUUAUUCAUGCAGCAUAGAGAUGCUGGGACACUUUAGAAGAACCUUAUCUAUUAGCAGUACUACAAUUUGACAGACACCUAGGCAUGGAGUUCACUAGUCGCUAGUGUGCUUAUUCAUCUAUGAGCGAUAUAGAUGACUUCCUCAAAGAACUGUGGGAAAGGGGCUGCUAGUUCUGUUAUAGGCAGUCAAGGUGUGAUUGGCUUUGUUGGUAAGAAUAGGCCUCACGUUUUAAUCCUGCUCUGUUUCCACAAUCCUGUAAGGAGAAAAGAGGGAAAAAAAGAAAAUGAAAAAGUGCAGCAGUGAGCAGGGCAAUAUUAACUCUUCUGUCCUUGCCUGCCUGGAUCCAAGCUGAGAAACAAGGUUAUCUUCUAUCUCGUAUCAUGAUUCAAAUGUUAAGCUUCUGGUGGAAGGCAUAGUUAGAAGCAAUUCUCAAAGGAAAAGCAGCAUAUCCUAUCUUUGGUUUAAUUUGGGCUGACAGAAGUUGCAGAAGUCCUAGUGGUAGCAGUAAUCCACUCUGUGAAGGGUUUUAUAUUGUGUGCUUUUAGAUUGCCUGGGGCGUGAGAUCCAGUAGUUCCUGUGAAAGUUGACACUGGUUAUUAGAGCUGUGGGUGUUGUAAAUUCAUAUUAAAAGGCCACAAAAGAUGUGUUGAGCCUUGUUGCACAGAGGCUGUAGAAGCUGCAACAGGAGCUCUUUGCGUUAAGCAUUGCAGCAAAAUGCCUAAUGGCAACUCAAAACUUCAUUGCCUAUGGAGUGACUGGGCAUUGCAGCACUGAUUUUUGUAUCCUUUGCAAAACAUACUGACAAAACAUACUGACUGUGUUUUAAUCAUCCAGAUCAUUGAUAAAAUUAUUACAUGCUGUAUGAGAACUUGGUUUUAAGGGACACCACAAAGUUCUCCCAUGCUUGUUAUUGUCUUUGUUUGCUGCAUUUUGAGAUGUGUUCAUGUGUGAGGCUUUUAAUCCAUUUAAACUGCCCUAUUAGUUUCUUACAAUGCUAGUUUUUAAACAAGGUUUCAUUUUGUACUGAGUGAAGUUCUUUGGAUAAUUUCAAAUACACCUUAUCAGUGAGGUAGCUGUAUUCAGUAACAAAUCAGUAUUUGUAACAUACUUAGGACAGCAAGUUUGUCUGACUGCCUUCUCUGAAGUUGUGCUUGACUGACAUCAAUGAUGCUAGUUACUAAAGCUGUGUUGAUUGAGUCCCAAAUUAACCAAUGCAUUAUUUUAUCGCAGACCAAAGGCAAGUUAGUUUUCAACUAGUUCCUUUAAGACAACUAUGUGGAAGGUUAGGCAUCUCGAUUGAAAAAAUGUUUAGUUGUAGGAAGUGCUGCCAUACAUCUUCCUUAAGUAAAUGUAUUAACAUUUCUGUACCUUCCUUACCAUUAUAUGUGAUUAAAUGCAGCCCUUAUUUUGUUCCAGAUACAGAUCAAAAGGAUCUAGUGAUUUCUGCAGUUUUGCAUUGCUUUUUUUUCCCCUCCCACCAGCAGCAUCUAAUGGUGGAUCUGUGCAUGACCUAGUGUGCAUUAAUGUGGAUCUGAAAUCUUGCUAUCCUUAAUGCUACUAGUGAUUGAUAUUUUAUUGCUUCCUGAGUUUCUCUUGUUAUGUGUGUUUUUCUUCUAACUAGUAAUCCUUACUAUUUCUUCUACCUUUCUUUGUAUUUUAUUUGUUUUUUCUUUUUUGGGUAUUAAUUUGGGAUGUCCUUAAAUGAUAAUUCCUAAUUUACAUUUCUCAUUUUAAAUGCUUAUCUUCCUAGUCAUUUACAAUUAUUACAUUUAGGCAAGCUGACCCUUUUAAACUUCCAAAUAUAAAUAACAUUUACUGGUGGCACAGUGUUUUCACAGAAUACUUGUUAUCAGAUCACAGUCACCAUUACUUACAUGGCUGUCAGUUAUUCCAUAUUCUUUGGUCCGCCAACACUGUACCUUAGCAGAGGUUGUCAGAACCAUGCAUUCCCAUUUCGCCAGACAAGGUGUUUGUUUCACAAGACAAAAGAUGUUCUGUGAGCUUCAUAAUGAAAUCUAGUAUUGAAAUAUUUGGUGUUAGAUGCAGGAGUCACUGUGUCAAAAAUUACUUUUUAAUAUCUAAAGGAAGUCUUUGGUUUUAUGAGAUGACAGCAGAUGCUCUCUAUUUUGAGGACUCUCCUGAAAGUAGUCUUUUUCUUGAGCUCUUACAAGGAAAAUAUUUUUGUUUGUUUGUUUUUUAAACCUUCUGUAGUGACACUCGGCAUCUUUUUUGCACACAUGCCUCUCAGUCCUGUGAUGAUGAAUCACCUUUGAUUUUAUAAAUUUCAGUCAUUUUCAUUUAAGGCAACUUCUUGCACCCUUUUUCUCUUUUCUCUUCUUGCUCCCUGCUUGCUUGUUCCCAGUCUGUUCUUACGGAACAAGUUGAAACCAUUGGUGUUUUUUUUGGGGGGGGGGAGUGUUGGCUUUUAACACUUGGGUCAAACCCUCUUAAGAGGUCUCAGUAAUUAAUGUCUGGCAUACGCUAUUUCUUCUUCUUCAUAAGGAUAUUUCAGUAUCACUUGCUUACCAUUUAGGUUCCAAACAUCACGAUGUAAAUAAUAAAAGUUAUCUAGUUGCCAGUUGA